AAAUUCAUGCUCCACAGUGCCUCACAAGUGCUAAACCAACUGAUCUAUUUUGUUAUCAAAGGUCGAGUUUUGAAAUAUAAUAUGGUCUGAUUAAUAAUAUUGGCAGGCCAAUCAUAUAGCCAAUAUGCUGUGAUACUGUAUUAGGCCUACAGCACAAACCUCAUUCCUACAAAACUAUGUGUGAGGUUAAUGUACAAAUAAAUCAUCUGAGCAGUAGAUCUCAGCUUGCUUUUUGACUGCGAAAGUGAUCUUGACUCAGAAAAGUUUGGUGACCACUGAUCUACAGUACGCAUUUAGCAAAAUAGUUCUCCGUUUAAUCGGACUAUUCUCUCAACAUUGAUUUAAUUGACUUGUCUCGGCAAUCUUUCGGUUUUCUGUAUAGUUGUCUAAUGUUGGUGGGUCAUAUUAUUAUGUUUUAAUGUUUCCCCUGAAUCACUAUGAUAAAUACAGUAGUAUAGUUUUUCUUGAGUAUAUAAGUCCAAAGUGUAGCAGUACAGGUGUGGUGGCGUAGCAGAAAUAUCAUAAUGCCGUGAACCAAGCAGUUGUGAGUUCAAAUCCCAGAUGAUGACAUAUUGAAUAAUAAUUAUUGCAUAAAUAACAUACACAGUGUAGUCAAGUGAGUCAAAUAUGUAAGAUGAGAGCACUGUGUCUAUCAUAGACACUUUUUUUGUUGUCCAAAAACACGUUUUCACAUGUGAAGUGUUCUAAAAACACGUAAAUUCACAUGUGAAAUGUCACAUGAAGUUUUCCAAAACCACAUGUUUUUUCCAUGUUUGUGUGUGUGUAAGUGAAUGUUGGACAUGUUCACCCAAUCAGAGUCACAGUUGUGACAGUGGUAUGGUAGUCCUGGGAUACAGGCUUGGUGGGCCCAUCAUUUGCAUCCCCAGCACCCAGAUCUCCUGAGGUUUGUUCCAACUAACCCUGACACUUGCAGCCAUUAGCUAUCUUCAAUUUUAGCUACGUUCAAACUUUAGCACUGCUAACCUACAUCAAAUAUAUCUACACACACUGGUUAUAAACCUGAUAUACAUUUUGUGAAUCGAACGACAAGGCAGGUGAUGCCAAUGUAAAUUUGGUCCAAUGUAUUUCUUACCGCAAAAUCAUGUUUUUUCUGUGUUGUGUCACAGUAAUGAUGUUCGAUCGUUGGUUUUGGCCUUUUGAGUUCGCUUAUAAACCUCAUCAGUGGUCUAUGAGCACACUGAUCACACUGUGAUGGAGCUGAAUGCUGAUUAAGUGUCAUUUAUGACCACAUGGUAAACAGCUGCAUGAAAGAGGAAGCAGAUAAAGUUGAGGCUACAGACAGAACAGAUCUGGCUUGAGUCUUGACAUUUCCUCACACACCAUAGCUUCUUGGAGAUAGGACUACAGAAUUCACUGAACACUUAAGAGGAGACUAGAUAUAGCAGUCAGUCCACAUAAUGCGGGCCCAGGAUGGUCUAGAUCUGGAAGGUUAAUUACUGAGACCCACCUGCUGACCCUUGCCCAUGUUCUUCUGCUCCAGGGGACCUGUCCUCCUGCGCUCCCCAGGAAACAUGCUUAUCUUCUGGAUGUCUUGUGGAUCACUUCUCCCUCUCCUGGUCCUCUGCUAUAAUGGAAAAGACCGCUGCACAAUCCAGGAGAACAAACAAUAUCAUGUGUCCCCUGUGCUUGAGUCCCUGCGGUGCUACAAUGACUACAGCUCCUACGUCCGCUGUAGCUGGGAAGAGAGUCCACACGCGUCCUCACAAGCCCUGUUAGCCCUAUACUACUGGGACGACACUGAGAACCGUGAGUCCCCGUGUAAAUCCUAUGGUCAGCCAGCAUUGAAUGCCAAAAACGGCAAGCUCGCCGCCCAGUGUCAGUACAACACUCGUGACUUUGGCAUCAAUACCGACCAUGUCUUCUUCUUCAAGACCUCCUGUCCCCCUGCCCUGCUUCUGUCUAAGAAUUUGAGGGUGCGUCCACCAGUCCAUUUAUCACAGCAGCCUGUAGAGAGAGGGGGCCGUUUGCUCAGCUGGGAAAGCCCCUACCCCCCAACGUCCCUCCUGACCCCCACUCUCAACUAUCAGGUCAACUACAGGAGGUCUAACCAGGAUGACUGGACAGCAGUGAAGGUUCAAGACACCCAGCUGAGUUUGGAGCCUGAAGCUCAGGCGCCUGGCUGCCAGUAUGAGGCCAAGGUUAGGGCAAAGGGGAAGACGGGACUGUGGAGUGAGUGGAGCUCUCUAGUGACCUGGAUGACUGAGGACGACCCUGUGCCAGGCCCCUCCAGUGCGCAGUGUGUGGUGGAUGACGAGAAAGUGGUGACAUGCAGCUGGGAGGUGAAGAGAGACCUGGCUCAGUUCCUUACCUUCCAUCUGUCCUGCAAACGCAACCACACUGCACCAGCCCAGAAAUGCUGUGUUAACACCAUGGUCAGCGCUCCGUCCAGGGGUCCAAUGCUCAAAUACAGCUGCUCCUUCCCUGUCCCAGACUCAGAACAGCUAGAGGUGGAGCUCAUCCCCACAUGCAACAGCAAAACGUUUAAAACACAUAAAAACAUUCGUCCAAACCGUCCACUCCACGUGCAGAUAGAAGCGAGAGAUGGGAACUGGAUUCUAAAAUGGAAUCCGCCAAAAUCAAAUUUUGAACUCACCUAUCAGGUGCACUAUUGGAGUAAUGACACUCGGGAGGAUACUAGGUUCCUCAAUGUCUCCCAGGGGUCCCUCUCACUAUCCAUCCUGGGGGGGUCCCUGCGCCCCUCUGAGUGCUACCUGGUUAAGGUGAGAGCCCUGGUGGUCCCGGGAAGGGGUGAUACUUUCGAAGGACCCCCCUCCGAAUGGACCGACCCAGUGGAGUGGACCUCACAACCAGCUUCCUGGUCCAUCACCACCUUCCUCUACGUCUUCAUCAGUGUACUGGUGGCCAUUGUCUUCAUCACUCUCUAUGUUACCAUACCAGCCUGUCACAGGAGGCUAGUCUUGUGGGAGGUGUCUGUCCCGUCACCCCUUAAGAGCAAGGCACUGGGAGAGGUCAUUAAGAAGUCUCCUGAUAGGUUGUUAUUUCCCGAGAGUGAGAGAAGUGAAAAUACCUACAUCUGCAGCGUACAGACACUGGAGAGCAGGGAGGAUAUCAGGCUCUGCUUUAGCUGCUCUUCAGAUAAUCCAUUGUGGUUGACCCCAGAUGUAAAGGCCAAUGGACUGUUCCAUUCCAUUACCAAGGAGGAGUGGAAGAAGUAUGACCCAAACUUUUCCUCAAUACUUCUGUUGUCUGUGGACAGAUCUUGCCCUCCUGCUCUAGACUCAUCCGGAUUCAGCUUCAGUGGCCCUUACAUCUUGUGUGGUGACAGUUCACCGGCGCCGAGUGAGUUUCUGAGUCUGGAGCCUCCCUGUGACGAGUCCGACAACACUCUCUCCAACUCUGACCCCUCUUCUCCCUCCUCCUCGGAGAGGUCUGCCCCAUCCCCCUUGGAGUCGAGUGAGGGCUAUGUGGCGAUGCCUCAGGUCAGUGCUGGCCUGUCCAGAUCAACAACGGACGACAGUAAGAACAUUGGUAACAACAACGGCAACAAUGUCGUCAUCAUGGCAUGGCCCAAGUCAGAGCUCCUCCCACCCCAACCUAGCUCUAUGUCCACCUGCUCACCACCCAGUGGGAAUGAAGACCCUCCUCCAGCGUACAUGCCCACCACCACCCCCUUCACCUUGCCCCCAGUGGACCCUACCCUACAUACUUCUGGGUACUGCUUCCUCCCGGCUCUACGGGCACUUGAGGGCUGGGGCCAUGUGCAGUCUUCUGGGCCACCUAAAGGGGGUAGUCAAGAGCAGCAGGCAGGGAGGAGAGAGAGGAGGCAGGAGGAGCAGUACAAGGACGAUCCCUAUGUCAGACUGUCCCAGCUAGCCACUUAGCUAACCCAAUCUAAUGCUGGAAUACAUGCUCAGGACAUGUUCUCAAUAUUUGAUCCAUUCUAACACUAACACACCUGACUCAACUAAUCACAAGAGCUUGAUUAUUAGUUGGGCUAGUUCAAUCAGGUGUGUUGGUGUUGGAAUGGACCACGUGUAAAACUAGUGAUUUGUGGUCACCAAAGACUGGGUUGAGAUUGAGAAACACUUCUAUUUCUAGGAGGGAAAA